AUGGGCUCCCCAGUCUGGCCAACAUGGCUGAAAAGGCACACUCCGUAUUAUUCCUUGAAGAAACCAUUAUCUUUCUUCAACGGUGUUAUGGCUGGAAGCAGGAGGGAUGUAGGGCAGACUGACAAGGAGAAGGACGCACUGGGAACAGGCGUAGCCUCCAUCGACCCAGAGCUGCUGAAAUCAAGCAGCAGAGAUAAGGCCAUUAAGAAGUUUGUCAUUCGGAACAUCGUAGAGGCCGCAGCCAUCAGGGACAUUCCUGAAGCGAGUGUUUUUGACGCCUAUGUGCUUCCCAAGCUGUAUGUGAAACUGCAUUACUGCUGUUUCUCGGUCAUGGUCAUCAUUCUCAUCGUGGAAAUCACUGUCGCCACAGUGGUCCUUGCCCUCUUCCCGAUUGUUAGAGAAAUGGCCUUGGAGCACAACUUUGUGACCCAGAAUUACAGAGGUUACAAGCCGGAUGACUAUUCCCUGGAAUGGAAUUUGGUCAUGGAGAAGAUGAGAUUCACAUCCUUUUGUUUUCUAAAGUGCUGUGGCAUGAAGGACUACACAGAUUUUCCAUCCUUCGAAAGGAUGACUGGCCACACCUACCCCAGGGGCUGCUAUAAAUCCAUCGGGACCGUGGCCUGCGACGGGCACAACGUGUCUGCAGAUGUCAUCCACCAAGAGGUAACUUGA